AUGAAGUCACGAUUUUGGAACACAUGGACGAAAGAAGAGCCGAAAGUAAAGUCGCCAAUUAUUAUAAAAGAUCGUGAUCAGAAGGAGAGCUUACGUGACUCCAGUCAGAGCAAUGAUAAUCGCAAUAAGAUCCACCAGUACAGUUUAUCCUCGCGUGUUGACCGGUUUCAAUUGAUAACCGACAACAACAAUGAUAAAUUACGCAACGGGUACAAGGAAGUAUGUGCAAAGAAUAAGGAUGACAGUUUGCAUAAACAGCAACAGCAUUUAUCAAGGCGCAGAGAUAAUGUGAACAGUAAAAAUAUUUGGGAGCCACACAGAAACAGAUAUCACGAUCAGGAAAAAAUUUUGCAUCAGCAACAGCAGCAUGGAAUUGGGAACCAACAACAGCCAAUUAAUUAUAGGCGGCGGAAGUCUAAAGGAUCACCUUCAAUAGUCGGCAAUAAUAGUGACAAUAAAUCCGGUGAACCGAAACUUACAAACGGGAAGUUACGAUCGUCAAACAACGGUUUCACAAAACAGGUCAAACGAUCUGACGAAUCGUUGGAUCGUGAACGCAGAGGUGCUAAGUAUCAGCAAACUUACCACCAGGAGGACACGAGGAAUUUUUUUUACGAUGUGGAAACGCCGAGUAACGGAAUCAGCGAGCCCAUUAAAUUUGUCAGGAAAUUCGAAGAAUACGAGUGUCGAUACGAUAAGCCGCGGAUUGGUGGAGAAGAAGAAGAAGAAGAAGAAGAAGAAGAAGAAGAAGAAGAAGAAGAAGAUGGAGAGGAAGACGAGGAUGUCGAUGUGGAUCAGGAUGAGGAAGAAGAUGAUGAAGAUGAUGAGGAGUGUUAUAAGCAAACGCGUUAUUCAUCCUCGUCAUCGUCAUCCAGGAAAAUAAAUGGUGAUUUUAUAUAUGGUAGAUCGUUAUCACCGUUAGAUGAUUCUGUGAGUAAAGGCUGCAAACGUGAAUUUAUUUAUUUGGAUAAGAGAUUUUGGAGAAAUUGCGAGGAGCAGUCGCCAGACCGCGCGAUUGAGCUCAUCAAGGCGGUCGGAGAAAAUUUAAAUUCAAAUUCAAACUGUCCGGGUUUUGUCAAUGGGAGUAGGCGGAACGGAAACCGUUGUGAUAGUUAUGUUCCGGGAAAAAAGACCGCGAGUGAUAAAACUAAAACCAAUCGUAAAGAUUUUGAUCCGUCUGCUGGGAAGUACGAUAAGAUUAGGGAACACAAAAAAGGUUUUAAUCUAGUCAGAAGCGCCAGAGGGUCUUCCAGUGAGCACGAGGAGAGGAGAAGGAACUAUUCGGGGCACCGAAGCUUGGAGGAUAAAAGUUGCUUUAAAAUGAAUAUAAACAGGGACUCUUCUAUCGGUAACAACAAGCGCGAUUCUUCGAGAGACAGACAGAUAUUUCGUAAAAUUUCAUUAAAAUUGAAAGGUAAAGACAAAGAGGAAAAGGAGAAAGACGUUAAAAAUAAUUCUAGUGAGUCAGAGUCUAUUAAGAGUAAGCCGAGAAGAGACAAUCGACACUCUAGACCUCUCUCUCCGCCCACGUUUGAAAAUAUCGAGGCUGACGAGGUGGUACCAAGACAGCACCGUAAAGUAUUUUCGUCUUCGAAGGAUUUUCAUCAUCAGAAUCAUCAAAAUUAUCAAAAUCAUCAGCAACAGCAGUUAAGGCUUAGAGAGGAUUAUGGUGGCAAAAGAGAGGAGGUUAAAAAAAUGAAUAACCACAACUACCAGCAUCAUCACCACCGCGACUCACGUGAUUUGUCAUGGAUUGAGAGAGAAUUGUCCUCGUGGUAUUCCAGCGAGGAGUCGCCGGAACGUGAGAAGACUAAAAACAAGUCUAGCAAGCCUCCGAGAACGCGUUGCCUGCUGUCAGAUGAGGAUGACGACAACGACGAGGACCGAGAUGGGGAUGAGGAUGAGGAUGAUGAUGACGAGGAUGACGACAGCGAUUUGGGUUUUUCCACGCGGAUUGAACGCAACGGUGCCACAGUUAUUAGAAUUCACACCAAUCCAAAGACACCCGAGAGACGAAAAAGUCCCGAGAGAAUUACUGACAGACGAUAUCUGGGCAGACGCACCAGGAAUAUUUCACCAGAUAGGUAUACAUUUAGAGAUGGUGACGAGCUUGUGCGAGAGGACGAUGAUGAUUACGACCAUUUGGAUGCCGGUACCGAUUUUUUUGGCUUGAGAAAACUAUCAACUGACUCACUUACACGGAAUUUUCGUGACUCGGUACGAUAUUUUUGGUUAUUUAUAUAA